ACAGUGUUUACCAGGCCGAUAGAUUCAAGGGGCUGACAAACUGCAAACUGAAUACAGAUCUGUGAACGGAAACGGAAACCGGAACAGCACAUACGACACUUCGCGCGUUUGUCCAAGCUGUUGGCGCCACUGACACAAUCCACCGAGUACUGUCAGUGGUGGAAGCGUAGAGUUGGCUGUCGUAGUGUACAUUUCAGUAAAGUUGUCUUUUUGUAGCUAAAUCAACUCCUUACAGACAUGACGAAGCUAUCAGAGGGUGCGAUAGAGGCUCUAUCAAAUGGCACCGGUGGCAACGACGCAGUGCUUCAGUUGGUGAACAUCCGCAAGAUUGAUGGAGGAAGCGGUCUACCUCGCUUUCGGGUGAUGAUGAGCGAUGGACUGCACACACUGUCUUCCUUCAUGCUCUCAACGCAGCUGAACUUCAUGGCUGAGGAGAACAGACUGGCCCCAAACUGCGUCUGCAUUCUCAAGAAGCAUGUAACUAAUAUACUGAAGGAUAAACGACGGGUGGUGAUCAUCUUGGAAAUGGAAGUCAUCAAGAGUGCUGAAGAUGUUGCUGGAAGAAUAGGUGAACCCACUCCUUACACUGAGGGUCAGGGCAAAGGCUCGCAGUUGGCACCAAACCCUGAAAACCGCCCUCCACUACAGCAGCAAAAUAGAAAUGAAGGGAACAAAGGUUUCAAUAGAGACUUUGGGAAGAAGGCCCCAUCUGCUAUGCCCAGUACUCCAGGGGACAACUCCAAAGUUGUGCCCAUUGCCAGCCUCAACCCCUAUCAGUCCAAGUGGACCAUCCGUGCCCGUGUAACCAACAAGAGCAGCAUCCGUACAUGGAGCAACUCUCGUGGUGAUGGCAAACUCUUCUCCAUGGAGAUUGUGGAUGAAAGUGGAGAGAUACGAGUGACUGGUUUCAACCAAGAGGUGGACAAGUUCUUCAGCCUUGUUGAGGUUGGCAAGGUCUACUAUGUCUCCAAGGGCUCCUUGAAGAUCGCCAACAAGCAGUACACAUCAGUGAAGAAUGACUAUGAGAUGACUCUCAAUGGAGAGUCCAGCAUCAUCCCCUGUGAAGACGACUGUGAUGUUCCUGUGAUGCAGUGUGACUUUGUUUCUAUCGGUGACCUAGAGAACAGAGAAAAAGAUGCCAUCGUUGAUGUGAUCGGAGUGUGUAAGAGUGUGGAUGAAGUGACCCGCCUCACCACCAAGUCCAACAGAGAAGUGUCCAAAAGAACGCUCAACCUGAUGGACAUGUCUGGGAAGCUGGUGACUGUCACGCUGUGGGGAGAAGAAGCAGAGAAGUUUGAAGCCUCUGGACAGCCCAUUGUAGCCAUUAAGGGGGCGAAGCUUUCAGACUUUGGAGGCCGGUCCCUCUCUGCAUCCUUCAGCAGCACCCUGAUGAUCAACCCCGACAUCCCUGAGGCAUAUAAGCUUCGAGGCUGGUAUGACAAGGAGGGUCAUGCCAUGGAUGGACAGUCUCUGACAGAGGUGAAAGGCAGCGGGGGAGGACUAACCAACUGGAAGACUCUGUCUGAUGUUAAGACGGAGCACCUGGGACAUGGAGACAAGGCCGACUAUUACACCUGCAUAGCUACCAUAGUGUACCUGCGCAAGGAAAACUGCCUUUACCAGGCCUGUCCCAGCCAGGAAUGCAACAAAAAAGUGGUAGACCAACAUAAUGGCAUGUUCCGCUGUGAAAAGUGUGACAAAGAGUUCCCCAACUUCAAGUACCGCCUCAUCCUUUCAGCCAACAUUGCAGAUUACGCGGACAAUCAAUGGGUGACUUGCUUCCAGGAGAGUGCAGAGGCCAUCCUGGGCCAGAAUGCAGCUUACCUUGGGCAGCUCAAGGACUCGAACGAAGCUGCCUUUGACGAGGUCUUCCAACAAGCCAACUUCAACACUUUUGUCUUCCGUAGCAGAGUGAAGCUAGAAACAUAUAACGAUGAAUCCAGGAUCAAGGCUACAGUGAUGGAUGUGAAGCCUGUUGACCAUAAGGACUACAGCAAGAGGUUGAUCAUGAACAUAAGGAAACUGGCUGCUCAGUAGGAUCAUUUAUGCCAAGUAUUCUGAUUCUGCUUGGUUUUUCUUUUUUGUUUCUGUACAGUCAACAAACAGCUCUACAUGUAUGACAAAGUUUUGCUUACAAAGCAUUUGUGUUUAGUUUCCUUUUUUGGUCGUUUGUUUUUUUACUUCCCUGUGAAUGAGUUAUCCUCAAAGUCAUUGUUACUAUUCACUUUUCCUUUGUGAAAUAAUGAUUAGUGGCAUGAUUUAUUUUUGUUGGUGAAUAUAACGGACAGUGACUUUUUCCUUUUUUUUGUGAUAUGUGGGGGAGCAGAGAGUGGGUCAGUAAGCCACAAAAGAAAUCCUCACUGUCUGUCUUAAGUCAGCCAGUUGUUCUGUACUGUGGUUAUGUGUGGGUGGUGGCUGCUUUAAGCAGAAGACCGCUACAGUAGCUAGCACUCUUUUCACUUUCUGACAUGAACUCAAAACGGCUGGGCUGGACCUGCACAUCCCUGAUAAGACCGUUUACUCUCCCACUCUUUUUUGCUCCGUCUCUCACAUACUUGCAUACACAUAUACACAUGCACAGUGCAGACCUAAUGGGAAAUGUACUGCUGUCUAUUCAAGUAGAUACAAUGUGUUGUCCAUAUUUACAAUGCCUGCAACCGUUUUGUGUGUUGUGUUAUUCAGUUUUUUUGUGAUAAUUGUCAAAAUAAAGACGUUAUCAAGUU